AAAACAGUAGAGUUUGCACGGAAAGAAAAAUCUUAUUAGAAAAUAGUGCCAGGAUGAACAAAUUUGCAAGCGAAAAACAGUGUAUCAGCGCACCCGUAGUUCUUGGAUGAAAAAAGUGUUUGAUUCUAUUUUGUGCAGUAGCAAAGGCUAUUUAUGGUUUGCGACCUUCAACGCCUACUUGAACGGGAAAGGAACUGAAAAAUGCUUCGAAGCGAAUAGUGGAUGUUUUCUUGACCCAACCCAAUUCUGACCACAAGAAGAACAGAAAAACGGUGAAUGUCCUUGGUGUGUUCGUGUUCGCGCUGUAACCAGGUUGCUGUGAAAAUGUGUUAAAAAGGGCGUACUUUUUUACUGAUCCAGUGGAAGGCUAGCGAGGGGAGUCCCAAGGGCGUAGUGCCAGUCCACCGAUGACGAAAGCGAAAGUGCGUGUUUUCCCGUCGUAACCAGGAAGCGGUGAAAAUAAAUAUAUAAGACGUACACAGAGGAAUCGCAUAUUUGCAUAUCAAAACGAGCACGAGUGGAAACAAGAAAAAGUAAUACUCGGAUGUUAGACGAAUGGUAAGUGAUAACGUGGCACAUGACAACAAUCCUCCGUCGCUGCUCACUCGUACAGAGGAAGAAGAGUAAUUUUGAUUAGUCUUCGUCAACGGAGCCGAAUUUCGAUAUUCGCGUAAAUACAACACAUCACGUAGUGAUCAGCUUGCGAUCAGCGCAAUGGAGGCGUUCGAGCAGAAGAACAAUAUCAAUCUGCCUGUGAGAUUUCCAGGCACUCCCAUCAAUCCACCCCUGGUCGAUUCCGGAGAGGAUCCACACCCGAGCCUGUCCGAUUGGCACGAUUACGAGCCGAACCUUGAGUUCGAUGAUACCGAACUGUCCCAGACGGCACCCGAACCCGGAGGCACGGUGGUUUUCGAUGAGGACAAUUAUUCCGGCGAGUUCGAAGCGGUAUCGGAGGACGAAAUUAUCAAAACCACACUCGACCCGGACAAUUACGAAGAGCAGCUGAAAAUGAUUGAGCCCGACGAGAACGCCAUUCGAAAGGAAUUCAGACGACGAAAGUUUAUCGAAUUUAUCGGUACGGAUAAACACGGCCAGCCGAUUAUUGCCAUAUACGCGUGCAGUCUGCCAGAGCGGAAAGACCUCAACACGAAUAUUUUCAUAGAUUUUAUCAUCAAAUCAAUGGAAGAAUUUGUCCAGAACGAUUACAUCAUUGCGUACUUUCACCAGGGCAUGAAGGAUAACAGCAAACCGUCUCUGCAAUUUCUGUGGAACUCCUACAAGGAACUGGAUCGCAGCUUCAAGAAGAACCUGAAGCAGUUAUACGUGGUGCAUCCAACCACCUUCAUUAAGAUGGUGUGGUUCUUCUUCAAACCGGUCAUCAGUGAGAAGUUUAAGAGCAAACUCAUCUACACCUCCAGCCUGGACGAAUUGAAACAGUCAUUAGGUUUAAACACGCUCAAAGUGCCGGACACUGUUAGAGAAUUCGAUGAAAAAAUCAACAAUGUUACCCGCUACACACUCCGGGGCAGUAAAUCUAGUCUGAAGAGCAGCCACUCGACCGAGCACAUCCCGAAGACGAACCAGUUCGGUGUCACGCUGCGAUUCAUCAUCGAAAACAGCGCCUGCCUCAACUGCAUUCCGCCGAUCGUGCGCAAAUGUGUCGACCAUUUGUCCCUGUCCGACGUAAUCGAUACCGAAGGUCUAUUCAGGCGAUCGGGUAACUACACGCGGAUAAAGGAGAUUCGCGAACGGGUGAACCGAGGUGAGGAGGUGAACCUUUCGAACGAGGACACCCACGUCGUAGCGGCCCUGCUGAAAACGUUCCUCCGAGAGCUAGAGGAACCGUUGCUCACGUACGAGCUGUACGACGAUAUCAUCCAGUUUACCGAGUGGACCACCGAGGAGCAGCGAUCGCGCAACGUGAAGCAGAUUCUGCGCGAGAAGCUGCCCGAGGAAAACUAUGAACUGUUCAAGUACAUCGUGGAGUUCCUGGGGAAGAUUAUGGAGCGUAAAGAUUUCAACAAAAUGACCUCCUCCAACCUGGCGAUCGUGUUCGGUCCCAAUCUGGUGUGGCCCAAGCAGGCCCAGAUGUCGCUGGACGAGAUUGGGCCGAUAAAUGCGUUCAUCGAUUAUGUGCUGCAAAAUCAGGACGAUAUUUAUUUCGUGGAUAUCAACAAAAAGGAUAGGGGCUACGAUUAACAGCGGUUGAUCUAAGUAUUUUAGGUGAUUGUUAGUGUCCUUCGAAAGAUUCUUUUUAAGUUGAUGUGCAUUUGAUUUUUGCAGUAACUGCACACGUUGUUUUUUUAUGGUUAGAAAGAUAGCUGCUAAGAAAAGUGUACCUCCUCGAACGGGAACUACUUACGUAACUAAAACAAAACAUUCUUUCGUGCUAGUGAUAAAGGGGGGGGGGAGUAUGUUUUUAACCGAUGAGUUUGCAUGAGAAUACGCGAGUGCGAGAAUUUUAAAACAAGGAAGUUAAAUAGAGGAAACUGUAGUUUGAAACCACGAUGAAAAAAUAGUCAUUACAAUUACAAAUUGUUAUUAUCCAUUUCUGAUUAAUUUAUAUAAAUAGCAAACCCAAGUAACUACAGAUUGCUCGAGUUGCCCGAAAAAAAGAAGUAAAAACCAAAGAUCGGAUGUAAAUAUUGAUAGGGGAAAUCAGUCAUGUUGGAUCGGAAGGUAGAACAAAAGUAUGUUACACAAAAUCUCAGACAAUUCCGUCGUUUAGCCACCAUCAAGGAGUAUUUUUGGCGUGCCAAAAACAUUUUAAACACAUCGCCAGCAGUUGCUCUAAACAAUUUGCUGGUUUCAAAUCAAACACAGUACCAAACAGUCUGCAACCAAUAUCAAUUCUUCUUCACAACCGGAGAGAUAAAAAUAAAUUACUUAAAUUUCAACAAAAUAAAUAAGUCACUCCGGUAGAAAAUUUAGCGAUAAUCAAGUUCAACAUAUUGUUCCGGAACCAGCCUAACAUGUACACUUAAGAAGAACAAAAUUAAUCACUAGUUUCUAGACGACCAUUACAUUCUUCAUCCCGUUCUCCUGGACUGUCCCGAAGUCAAGUUAUGGUAGGCCUUGUGUGUAAUGCAAUUAGCAAAUGAGAUGCAAUUUUGGGGACGCGACGCGAUAAGUUUCACGUUUGUUACUGUAAAAGUGUAAUAUGGAUGCUAGUUAGAAUGAUGGAUUCGGGUUUGAGGAACGUUUCGUUAGAAUCUAUAAGAAUAGUGUUUAGCUACAAAAACGUAAGGUAAAUAAUGUGUACAGAGAUUAUUGCUGAUGAAGUGACUAAUACACAAGUCUAGUGAAAAUGAUCAUAAUAACAA